GGCGGGUUCCUUACCUCCCAGUGACUGCCAUGCCCUCAUUGACUCUGCCUCGACCCAGACCACGAGCCAAAAAUAUUUACGAUCUCUUGCCUCAGCGGCAAGAAGAGCUGGGGAGACAUCAGCCGAGGAGUAUCCGCAUGUUCAGUGCCGAGAGCCUCCUGUCCAGAAAUUCCGACAGCCCGGAGCAUAUGCCCUCCCAAGCAGAGAGCACCCUCCAGAUGCACACAGCCCAUAUCCACACCAUGGGAUACGCAGUUGGUGUCUACGACAAUGCCACGGUGCCCCAGGUGUGCAGGAACGUCACUCCCUCGACACACUACGUCAAUGUCAGAGCUUCCAGGGAUGUCUCGAGCACUUCUUCAGAGGAUUCAAAUGAUUAUGUCAAUGUCCCCACAGCAGAAGAGAUGGCUGGGACUCUAACUCCUAAUGACAGCCUGCCUGAAAGUCUCCUUGUUCUUUCCAGCGCCCAGCAGUCAGACUUACCUGAGAAAAGACACGAGGGCUGUGGGGAUGCCAGUGACUGUACCAGCUUUUGGGCUCCAGGAACUAAGGACAGCGAUCCACUCAGCGAUGGGGAGGAUUCUUCUCAGACCUCCAAUGACUAUGUCAACAUGACAGGUUUGGAUCUCGAGGACAGCCAAGAGGAGUUGCCCUGGGUGGCUUUUCAAUGCUGCAGAGAUUAUGAGAAUGUCCCACCAGCAGAUCCCAAGGGAAGCCAGCAGCAAACUGAGGAAGAAGUGACAUCUUCAAACACAGGCCAUGAAGAGGAAAAGACAGAUGGCCCGGGGACUGACAUCCAUCCUCUCACAAGGAAUUCCCUAUCUUCAGGGCACUGUGUAUCCCCACUGUGUGAGGACUGUCAGAUGAAACCUGAAGAAGAAAUGUCACACGAAGACACUCAUGACUAUGAGAAUGUGCUACCUGCCAAGUUAGGAGGCGGAGACAGGGAGCAGGGGCCUGGUGCUCAGCUCCCUCCUGAUGAAUGAAUACCGUUGUCCAGCUGGAAAGCCACACGAAGUGGUCUCUCCUGUUGGUUCCUCAGCCGCUGAAGAGUCUCUAGUGAAGACCCUUGACCACCCUCGUCUGUUAGUGGAUUCCCUUGGUUAGAUUAGCCAGAGGCUGAAAGGAGCUAGAAGCUCAAAGGCUGCCCGAAGGCAAAGGUUUGGGAAAUCCAGGAAGGAAUGCUUCUCCAGCAAAGGGCUGUUGUCUCUCAGGCCAGCCUAAGAAUGUCUGCGGGAACUGCCCUUCCCGACUGUUGGGAAAUAGAAGAAGAGAGAACUUAGCACCCAGAGGAAGAGGGCUGAUCACCUGCACCAAUACCAGCAGGUGGCAAGGGUGUAGAUUAUUUUGUGAUCCAGGCAGAGACCUAAGGAAAGGAGAAGUUGUUUUAAAAAGUAGACAACAAAAUGCUGGUGAGGAUGCAAAACAACGGGAAUUCUCAUUCUCACCAAUUUUCAUUCUCACUAUUUUGAAAAACUGUAUGGCGGUUUCUUAUAAGGAUCUAGCUAUGGGAGGCAGCCAUUUCACUACCAGAAACUGACCCAAGUCAACUGGAAUCUUACACUCACACAAAAACCUACACAUGACGGUUUAAUAGCAGUUUCAUUAAUAAUUGCAAAAAAAAAAAAAACUAGAAAUAAUCCAGAUGUGCUUCCACAGAAGAA